AUGAAAUUCAUCACCCUACUUGCCAUGGUAGCAUCCCCUGUGAUUGCCGUCAACUACAUAAAGGAGAGCGUAUUUUCGCCAGACUACCUUAUUGCCCCAGGCUCCAUAAUCAUUGAGUCUGGCCCGGUGGGAAACACCACGGAGCAGCAAGGAAAUGUCACCUUUGUUGAGAGAACAGUUACAAACACGGAGAUAGUCGAUACCUUCGAAGUAACUGCCGGAGGAGAGACCGUCGGAAAUGCGACUCGAACAAUCUCCACCCACUCAGACAUAGGCGGAAUGAGAGGCCUGCCGUACCUGGAGGCUAAGUUCCUCAUUUCCCUGGAAGCGCCUGCGCCUGAGCCCGAGCCCGAACCAACACCGGAGGGCAUGGAAAGCCUCACUGAGGACCCAGAAAAGCCCCGAGUGAAGUCUCUGCAGAUUCUGUUCGCAGAUGCCUCCAGCGAGUCAAACGUCUCCGAAGUCUACACUAGCGAGACUGGCCUUACCUGGAGAAUUAUUCCAGGCCCACGAUUCUUCCCUUCAUUCAGCAGAAUGGAGCAGGGCGGACUCAUUGAGACGCCAGAGUCACGGUUUGUGCUGACUGUGGUGCCAUUCCCAUCCAGCAAAGUGGAGAUAACUGCAUUUGCUCACAUCCCCACAGGAAGCGGCCUGAUCAACAUAUACGACUCCGAAAUCUACAUCCUCCCGUCUGAGAACCCAGUCCCAGACCAGGAAGAAGAGGAGGAAGAGGAAGAAGAAGAAGAAGAGGAAGAGGAGGAAGAAGAAGAGGAGGAAGAAGAAGAACCAACUCCAGAGCCAUUCCAAAGAUACAUUAGAAACAGAAGCUUAAAGGUUCAGCCUGCUUUAUCCGUAUAA